GGUCACUGAACAUGUUCCGUCAUAAACCUACGACAUCAUUUCCGUAUAUUGAACUAGAUGAAUAACAUGAUGACGGGAUCUCCCCUUUGAAAACAAAAUUUAGAACAUGUUCGUGAAAGCCUACCAAGUGUUUGACAGCAAGGAGGUGUUCACGAUGGCUGUGCUGUAACAUCAGUGUGACUCAGGUUUGGUGCAUUGCCUGGCGAUGCGAUGAUGAUGAUAUGCUGCUCGGAUGGGGUUAGAAAUGGAAAAUCGUUGUGGGACGUUAAAACCUCAACACCGUGACUAAUGACGAUCGCAGGAAAUCACUGAUUAUUUUCGUCUGCUCUGGCUUGUGCAUGACGACGUUCCUGUAAAAUAAGAAUUGUGGGUAUGGAGGAGAGUACUGAGGAGCUGAGGGAGGAGUGGACCUUGCUCCUCUGGACCACGGUUGCUGUUCUGGUCCCAGUGCUCAUCACGCUGUGGUGCAGCUUCCAGCGUCCUAAACGCAAAGUUCAGCUGAAAGAUCUGUUCCGAAAGAGCAAACACGGCUGGCACUACACAGAUCUGUUCAACAAGCCCACCUACUGCUGCGUGUGUUCUCAGCCCAUCCUGCAGGGGGCGUUCUGUGACUGCUGCGGCAUUUGUGCGGAUGAGCAGUGCAUACAGAGGGCAGAUCGCAUCCUCUCGUGUAAGGAGAUCAUGACACAGAGACAGACAGAUGGGAGGUUUUACCAUCAGUGGGUCAGGGGAAAUGUGCCCCUCGCCAGCUACUGUGCCGAGUGCAAACAGCAAUGCGGGACUCAACCUAAACUUUGCGACUAUAGGUGUGUAUGGUGUCAGACCACAGUGCAUGAUGAUUGCCUUUCUAGUCUGAACGAUGAUCUGUGUGAUCUUGGAGAGUUCCGCUCUGUUAUCAUACCUCCAUAUUACCUCUAUCAAGUCAACAAGCUCCGCCGAAGACACCCUGAUGAGUAUGGGAGUGGCUGGACUCCGGUUCUGGUCUUGGCAAACACAAGAAGUGGCAACAACAUGGGGGAAGUUUUGCUGGGAGAAUUUCGUACCCUCCUGAACCCCAUGCAGGUGUUUGAUCUCUCCGAGCUGCCCCCCUCUAAAGCCCUGCAGCUGUGUACUCUUCUGCCCCCAGGCAGCGUGCGUGUUCUGGUGUGUGGGGGAGAUGGCACAGUAGGCUGGGUUCUGGAUGCCAUUGAUACCAUGAAGCUGAAGGGUCAGGAUCAGUUUAUCCCUCUUGUGACGAUCCUGCCGUUGGGAACAGGAAAUGAUUUAGCAAACUCUUUAGGAUGGGGAGCAGGAUAUGCUGGAGAGAUUCCAGUAGAACAGGUGCUCAGGAAUGUUCUAGAGGCUGAGGUAAUCAAAAUGGACAGGUGGAAAGUUCAAGUUGUCUCCAAAGGAAACUAUUUUCGUAAGCCAAAGGUGUUGUCCAUGAAUAAUUAUUUCUCAGUGGGUCCUGAUGCUCUCAUGGCAUUGAACUUCCAUGCACACAGAGAGAAAACGCCCUCCUUUUUCUCCAGCCGAAUCAUCAAUAAGGCAGUGUACUUCCUCUAUGGUACCAAAGAUUGUUUAGUGCAAGAAUGUAAAGAUCUGGAUAAGAGGAUUGAGCUGGAGCUGGAUGGAGAGCAAGUGAAUUUGCCCAGUCUGGAGGGGAUAAUAGUGUGCAAUAUCGGCUACUGGGGCGGUGGCUGUAGACUGUGGGAGGGAAUGGGAGAUGAACCCUAUCCUCCAACACGUGUGGAUGAUGGUUUAUUAGAGGUGGUGGGGGUGUAUGGUUCGUUCCACUGUGCACAGAUCCAGGUGAAACUGGCCAAUCCUGUGAGGCUGGGACAGGCACAUACAAUACGGCUGGUGUUAAAGAGUUCUCGGAUGCCAAUGCAGGUGGAUGGAGAGCCAUGGGCGCAGGGUCCAUGCACCAUCACCAUUACCCAUAAGACCCAGGCCCUCAUGCUGUACCACAGUGCAGAACAGACAGAUGAUGAUGACUCCAGCGCCUCAGAGGGUGAAGAAUGCUCAGCUGAUCACAUUGACACAACUAGCAACACACAGGAAACAGUGACAGAGUCUUAGUAAGGCUGUAAUCACUCUGUCUGUGCUAUUUCCACCCCAGAAAGUAGCACAGCAUGAAAGGAAGACACCCUGAUGUGAUAAAUGUCUGAUGUCAUAAACGUAAAUGUACAUAAUGUGCAUGUGCUGCUCUAGUAAUAACAUCUGCAGUGGUUAUUAUAGUUAAAAAGCCCCUUCUCUCUCAAGCACAUCUUGUGGACAGUUUGUUCUCAAAUUGUUCACAAGAUGUCUAUCUCUGACAUUGGUUUUGUAGAUUUGCAUGCAUAAUUUUUUAUUUCCUGCCAGGGAGUGCUACCGGGAAGCUCUAAAAAGUGGCUCAGGUUUUAGCCAUUUAGUCCACAAUGGAAUCGUAUUCAGUUGUUAGCAGAGCUCAGGCAAUCAUAAAAAAGAGAAUUCAGUCCAGUGGAGAAUGUUACAAACAAAGCUGCUUAGACACCAAUGUUUUGCACUGAUCUUGAGUGCCAUAGGUCUGUGAAAAUACAACUCGCUGCAGAAAUCUUGUAUUUGAGUUGAAUAAAUUAAGCUGUGAAAUAUAUUUAUUUAGGAUAUUAUGUUUUGUUUCACCUUUGCACUGCUUGAAUCUAGAGUAGAUUGUGAAUGGACUUGCCAUUGAUAUCUUAUUAUUUUGCAACUAUUCAACUUGUGUUAUUGUUUUCGUUUAUGAAAUAGAUGUAAAAUGUUUCAGAGCACUGGAUUAAAGUACAUUCUUUAUUUUGCUGUUUGCAUAUGCUGACCAUCAGGCAUUUUUAUUGUGUUUUAUUCAUUGUUCAUUUUCUCCACUUUUCCAUAGAGAUUUGUUAUGUUUUUAUGCAUCCUGCUUGAGUAAAAUUUACUUUGCCUAGAAUAUAUCCACCCUAAUAGGCUUUCUGAGUAUUUUCUUUAGUCCCACUCUUCCAAGUCGGCAAUGUUCUUGAAAAACUAAGCCAGGAUAGAAAAGAAAAACAGCUUUAGGAGUGGUAUGUGUCGUACAUUUCGUAUAGUCACAUCUAUGGCUUUCCUAUUGGUAAAGCACUCAAGCACAUGCCAUUUUCUCCCUGAACUAGUGUCACCUCUCUUUGCAGGAGUUGCACAAAUUAUCCAUUAAAACCUUGUUUGAUAAAUUGGAGGUUUUGCUGAUGUAAUAAUGCCUCUGAGCAGUUUAUAAUGUGGUUUAGUUCAUUUCAUAGUUAAUUCAUGUUCAGAGGGAUUUUUACUUAAAAAAUCUUUCAGAUUGUUAAGAGAACUGUAAUCUGCAUUUUUCAUGCAUAAUUGUGAAGGAGAUUUAGGUACAUUUUUUGGAAGCUAAAAGGUUAACAAGAGUGUUACCAAAAUAGUCAAGAUACAGUAUUGUUGUAGAAUUUUUUCUUCUUAAAUCAAGAACACGCAACACAGCUAGACUUUUAAAGUCUUUUACAUUUUUAUUCUUGCAAGAAGGUCAGGCAAUACAGCAGUGAGCACCGCCAUAUGUGUGACAAAAAUAAGUGAGCAUGCAUCUCUACUUUUAUACACUUUGGCCCAUUGUUUUCCCAAUGGUCGUCUCCUUAAUAGCAUAUAUAGCUAAGAAAGCGUGAUAAACACUUGAUAUGUCUCGUUCCUCAUGUAGCAUCUUCCCGAAAUUCAAGAUGGUAUCGUUUUUCCUAAGCAAGUGAGAACAAGCAGGUCACUGUGACAUCUCCUCAUAUUCAGACCAAACAGGCCUCACACGUGAACACCCAUAUAGCAUUUCAUAAUAUCAAAGCAAUAUUUCAGUUAAUAUGUGAAGUAAAUAUGGAUAUAAUUUCCUUUAUAGUAUAUAUCCUUUUUUCUCAGCAAAGUCUGAAUAUUUCCCUGUUAAAUUAUCUUCAUCAGUUGUAUAAUAAAAUACAGACUGCUGUAUUAAUCUUACUCAGCUUAGUAAUAUGACAACUUGAGAAUGCUUCUAUACCUUGAGAAAGGAUAAAAUCAAAAUGGUGUUGUUUGUUUUUUGAUUAGUGUCAUGAAAAAUUACUUUCCCCCAUUAUGUUUAUGUGUAUAAAAACUGAAGCAGUGGUUGUGAUGAAAACAUUUUCUUUACAACUGUAAUUCCCCCACCCCCCUCAAGACACCCGUCAUAUUCCUAAAACUAGACUUCACACAUGCUCUAAAUGUGUCAAAGGGGAUUUAAACAAGAAUAUUAUUCUCCUUGGUACUACUAGUUUAUCAUUUUAAUCUUUUGGGAGUGUUACAUUAAAUGGGAAUCUCUGUAUUGAAUAUUGAAAUAUUUUGCACUGACUUCUGUAUGCUAGAAACAACAUGUGGUUAACACCCAUGGCUUAUGUCAUGUUUUUCAAAUGCAAAUGAAGCCUAGCUUUUAUCUGACAGUAGCUGCUCCUGGCAUCGUGUUUAAUGUUUAACUAGGCUUGUUUGAAUGUGCCCAGGUAACAUACCAACAUAUAUUACAAGUUGGAGAUGUUAUGAACAAUAGAACAUAAAGGAAUCGUUGGUCAAAGAUUUGGUUUGUUUUUUUUAUUAAUCUUUUUGAAUUUUUUUAUUGUUCAGCACCGAAAACAAUGUGAGCUGCACAAAUUAACAAUCAACAUUACAGGAGCAGGAUUAAGUCAUCUCAGAACAAUUUCACAAAUGUGAUCAAUACAACAGAAGAUGAGAGAGAAAGAAUAAUAAAUUAGAUAAUAUUAUUUAUUCUUAUAUGAGACAUGGCCAUGUCAUGCCUUUAUUGGUAUUAUUCUGAUAUUUUACUUUAUGUAUAUUUUCCCCCACUCUGAAUAAAAAUGUAAUAUAUUUUCAUGUAGAUUUUUAAAAUAAUAUUCAGUUACUCUAUGGAACCAAAAUUGUAAUAUUGCAAUAAAGCAAACAAUAAAUGCCUUACUACUAAACUUUCUGAGCUAUAUUUUUAGAUUGGUAGAAUAUUUCCUUACUGCAAAGUGAAACCUGUAUUAUUUUGUUUUAGAUUUGUUUCUGAUAACACAACAUACAUCUUUCAUAUAUAUAUAUAUAUAUAUAUUUUUUUUUUUUUUAUAACGGUUUGAUUUACAUAUAUACAUGGCUACUGGUGUUGAAUGUUUAAUUUUUAACACACAUUUAACACUUGUUGGUUUGACAGAAUUACACAUGCUUAUAAACUGACUGGACCCAGCCAGGAUACUUUGAGCAGGAACCAAAACAACUCUAUCUGGAGCACACUGCCAAUGGACUUGACCCAUGUGAUAAAACCAACAAGUGUCAAUUGUGAUAAUGUGAGGAUAUUAAACACUUCAAACUCACAACUAAAAUCUCCAAAAAUACCAGAAACAAAGAGAACAAAGUAAGAUUAAAUAAUGUGUCACAUUUGCAAAUCUCAUUAUGUACAAUGAAUUUUCCCCUUUCUGGAACAAUGACGCAUAACCAUUUAUUACACUGCUCUCUGUAAUACUUGAUUUUAGUCAAUCGUACCAAUCAAGUCAAAUAUUUUUGUAUAAUGACCACUAAACUUUUUAAUUGACUGUUGUCUUGCUCUUUUUUUCAAAUAAAAUAUUUUCAAAAUAGCUGUGCUAGUCUCUCUUGUAUCUCUCUGCAGUCUUGUUCUUCUCACUUAAAUCAUUUCAGCCUAAAUCAAUAUUUAAUUUAAUCUAAUUUGGUAAGUAGCCUGUUAAUAAUGACUGUUUGGAUAAGUCAUUAUUGCAAAUGCAAUACAAACCUCCUCACUUUGAGUUUUUUUUUUUAAUGACAGUUGGACUGCAUUAGCCUUUAGAUAUCAUCCAUCCAUCAAUCUAAUUAAUGAAAAAAAUUUUUUUGGUCAACAUUAAAAGACAUUACUGGACAUUUAUAGAUUAAAAAGACUGCUUUAUGCACUCUGUACACACCUACAUUAGAAUUAAAAAGAUUAUUUACAUCAAACCUGACUAGUUUAAAC